GUUCGGGCGCUGCAGCAGAGCAUGCCUCCACUCUCCGAACAAGUUCUGCUCGGAGUGCCGCCUGCUGCGGUGACGGAUGAGGAUUAUUCCGACGAUGUAGGUGAAUCGGCAGCAGGAAGCACUUCGACGGCGACUGCAAUCGACGACUUCUUGGUAUCCAAAGCAGUGAUUCCACAGGAACCCCCCGCGACACACAUCGGACUGAUGCCACUGCGAAACCACCGGUCAUCAGCCCCAGCUCCAACUUCCCAGGUUGCGAUGCCCACCGUACUUCUGGUGGUUGUAGCGCAACAAUACGCAGAUGAUGCUCCACCUGCUUGGCAACAACAGCGCAUCAAGCGAGAUGGUCAGCAUGUUCAUAUGACAUUCCUCAGCAAGGGCGAUCUGCAGUUCUUAAUGCAGAGCGGUAUGGUGCACGUGCAGGCUGAGGUGUGGGAGGAGGCUGGAGCCACAGCACCCGAUCCAACAGAUAUCUUGGCGGUGUCUAACUCGAUUGCCCUGGUCCUCUCAAAAUUGCCGCGGUGCUGGGACUGGGUUGACGUUGGGACGGGCUUCUGCAAGGAUGAGUGUGGGGAGACGGUGUUCCGUGUUGUGCUUUGGCCAGCUGCUGCAGCUGUUCGAAAGAAGCUAGGGUUGCCAGCAAAGGAUUUCCACAUUACCUUGGGCUUUCAGGGCAGCGAUGUCCACUCAAAGGCCAAAGGACUCACAUCCCUGCGAGCAGCUCCAAGCAACGCCGCGUCACAGCGCUUAACGACUGAGGCAUCUCUUCUGUUAUCUACAGUUUCUGCUGAUGCUUUUUCACUGUACCAGGACAGCGUGGAGCAAGUUACAUCUGCAGCGUUGCUGGGUGCAAAAAAUGAAGCCUUGGAGGUCGAAGCAUUGAGAGUGGCAUGCUUGUUCUACGGACGAGUGAAGAGCUUCGAUCAAGUUCUAGCAUCGUCGGACCGUUUGCUCCAGCUCCAAAGCGAAGACGAAACGGGCUGUCGAAGCCGUGCUUUUGCUUUGGUUAUGCUCUCCCGCUAUGAAGAAGCAGUUUCUGCUCUUGAGUUGGCAAAGAGUCAGCUCCACAUGUUGCCUCCCGGACAGCAUGAAGUCGAGCACGCCCGUGUAUUGAAAGCACUCUCGCACUGUCAGAAGAAGCUGGGCGCCGGCUACCCUGCGCUCGCGGGCAGCGCAACGAGUUUGAAAAACUGUCUUGCAGAAGGUGUCGGCAAGGCGAAUUACCCAAAGACACCGCAUCUUCCCUUUUCUCCGGGCAUAAAUCCCGACGACACACGCACCUCAGACUGCCAAAAAAUUCUGUCACGAGAAGUCGUCAUAACAGAGAAGUUGGAUGGCGGCAACUGUUGCAUCAAGGCAGAUGUCGCAAGGCAGCGGCUGCAGGUUUUUGGCCGGACACACGCACAGCCAACCGAGCACGCAUCCUUUUCGGCAGUGAAAGAGCUGGCUUCGUGUCUCGAGUACGAUCAACUGGGAGAUGUGGAAAUCUUCGGAGAAAACAUGCAAGCCAUACACAGCAUCGAGUACGGCAACCUCACGAGUUACUUCUAUGUCUUCGCGGCACGGAGAAGUGGGGACUGGCUGUCUUGGGACGAAACUCGGGACCUGGCUAAGAGGCUUGGGCUGGCGACAGUGCCUGAGGUUUUUCGUGGGGCUCUUUCUGAGAGAGAACUUCAAUGCUGCCUGGAGCAGUGGCAGAUGGACCCGUCAGCACUAGAUGCGCAAAAGACUCCGGAAGGCUUUGUGGUUAGACAUGCAGCUGGAAUUCCCGGCGGGUCGUUUGCUGAAUGUAUCGGGAAGUUCGUUCAAGCAGACGGCGACAUUUGUUUGUACACUGUGUCUGGAGACCUGGCAUUGGCAUUCCGGUCUGGGCAUAAGCAGGCAAUUGUACAAAUGGCUGUGUCGCCAAUGCAGGACGAAUACGUCGUCGCGACAGUGGAUUCGGCAGGAGUUAUGCGGGUACAUCGGCUUUUUGUGCGCCCACGACGCGGCCCACAAGAACAGAGGCGAAGGGUUACCAAUCCGGAUGAAGAGAAGGUUUCCAGUCACCUGGGAUCGCCGGCGAACAUCACGGUGCAGUUCAACUUAGCCACACGAGUUCCACUGACAGAUGGAAACCUUAACCAGUCGUCCCAGCCACACCUGACAGCUUUCAUAAUGACCUCAACGCAAGGCGUCAAGUACUUCGUAGCAGGUGAUUCGGUCGGAUGGAUUUCGGCUGCCGGCCCAACAGUGCAAGAGAACUUUUUCAUGCUUAGAUGUCAUCACCUUGACUCAGACAAGCCCAUCGUCCUCAGGUUUUCACCCGGAAUGGAACGCUGCACGGCAGACCUAGCGCUCUUUGAUGCUAUCUAUAUCUGGCUAUGCAUCUUGCUAGUGCAGCACGUCGACCAAGCAAUUGGCUGGGUGUUCGAGGAACCUCUCGGCAUCAAGCCACAUGUGGUGCGGGACGCGAAACUUUAA